CGUUUUUAACUAUUUAGGUCACUUUCUCCCCCGUGGAGCAGAACUGUCAAGCUGCUAACAAUUCCAAAAACCAUCCAAGCCCUUCAAUCUUCUUCAUUAAUCAAUCCUUCAAUGGCUCUAAAGCUCUCAACUUUCACCACCCCAUCCCACAAAGUUCCUUGUUUUGCUCUUCCUCAAAUGGCCAGUCGCAGAUCUCCCAAGUUCUCCAUGGCUUCCACUCUUCGCUCUAACUCCAAGGAGGUUGACAGUCUCAAGAAGCCUUUUACACCUCCUCGAGAGGUUCAUGUUCAAGUCACCCACUCGAUGCCUCCCCAAAAGAUUGAGAUCUUUAAGUCCUUGGAGGAUUGGGCUGAGCAGAACAUUUUGGUUCACCUGAAGCCGGUUGAGAAGUGCUGGCAACCACAAGAUUUUCUGCCAGAUCCUGCAUCUGAUGGAUUUCAUGAUCAAGUUAAGGAACUGAGGGAGAGGGCAAAAGAGAUUCCGGAUGAUUACUUUGUUGUUUUGGUUGGAGAUAUGAUCACAGAAGAAGCCCUUCCUACUUAUCAAACUAUGCUUAAUACCUUGGAUGGAGUUCGCGAUGAAACAGGUGCAAGCCCAACUUCUUGGGCUAUUUGGACUAGGGCAUGGACUGCUGAAGAGAAUAGGCAUGGAGACCUUCUCAAUAAGUAUCUCUACCUGUGCGGACGAGUAGACAUGAGACAAAUUGAGAAGACAAUUCAGUAUUUGAUUGGAUCAGGAAUGGAUCCCAGGACAGAGAACAAUCCCUACCUUGGUUUCAUCUACACUUCAUUCCAAGAAAGGGCGACCUUUAUUUCGCAUGGAAACACUGCUCGUCAUGCCAAGGAGCAGGGAGAUAUGAAAUUGGCUCAAAUAUGUGGUAUAAUUGCUGCUGAUGAGAAGCGCCAUGAGACUGCGUACACCAAGAUAGUGGAAAAGCUCUUUGAGAUUGAUCCUGAUGGAACUAUCAUGGCUUUUGCUGACAUGAUGAGGAAGAAAAUCUCCAUGCCAGCUCACUUGAUGUAUGAUGGCCAUGAUGAUGAUCUUUUCGAGCAUUUCUCAGCUGUUGCUCAGCGACUUGGUGUCUACACUGCUAAGGACUAUGCAGACAUAAUGGAAUUCUUGGUCGGCAGAUGGAAGGUUGAUCAGCUAACUGGACUUUCAGGUGAAGGACGGAAAGCUCAAGAAUAUGUUUGUGGAUUACCUCCGAGAAUCAGAAGGCUGGAGGAGAGGGCUCAAGGACGUGCCAAGCAAGGACCCAUCAUACCAUUCAGUUGGAUUUUCGACAGACAGGUGCAACUCUAAGUGCAGACUCAAUCAACAUCUCCAGUUUCGCUACUUGUUGCAAGCCUCACACACAACAAUAAACUAGAGGUAAAAAAUUUCCAAUCAACUUACUGUUGUAUACUGCUUUAUUGAUAUGCGUGAAGUGAAUUGAUAGGGGGUGAGUGACCAUGGUCGAGGUUGUAGAUACAGUUAUUUCUCUUGCUGUGCCAUUAUAUACGCGGGGCGGCUGUAGUUUCGUUGUUCAUGUUUCUUUUUUUACUGUUUUUCUCUGUAUGAGCUUGUUUUACUUUUCAAUAGUUUGUCUGGGUAUAAGCAAAGCAAAGAAUCUUCAUGGCAAUUUUGGUGGUGGUGGUGGUGGUGGGGCAAUGAUAAUCAUAAUGAUCUAUGCUAGUUCAAUAUGGAUAAACUGAUUAUGAUAAUAAUGGUCAUGAUCUGAUCACAAAGUUGAUUUUGUGUUUUGCUUUUGUUUUCCUCUAUGGGAUUUCAUAUACCGGCCUCGCAAGAAAUUUUUCGAGGGUUUGUUUUAUAUUAUAAGUGUCACAUUCUAUGUUACGAGUCUCAGCGCAAUUGAUAUUACACUGGUGUGUUAAAGUGUCA